GAGCUAAAUAUUUGCUGCAAAAUUAACUUGUUAUAUAGUGACUAGUAUAGCCAUAUAAAGAUAAAUAGAUUCAUAUUUGUGUAACAUGUGAAUCCUACCAAAAAUUUCCUGUGUUUCGUAAUACUUAUUUGUCCACCCUAGGGAACAAAUAUAUAUAUAUAUAUAUAUAUAAGUUCAUUUACCCUGUGCGCUUCGGCGUCUUUUACGCCGUUUCGGAAGUAUAAAGAGUAAAUUACAAGAACAUCAUUUUUUCUCUAAUAAAGAGGACACUAAUACUACAGAAAAAAUCUGAAGGAAUGGACCUCUUCCUUGUCAAAGCUACACAGGCGUCGAGUAUUUCGGAACUUCCAUUUUCGGAGCUGGAGGCAUCCUGGAACCGAUCAGUAGAUAUCGAGGAGGCGAAAGAGCACCUCUUUCGCCUUAUUGAUGCCUACAGCAUAGGCGACCAGGCGGCAUACCGCGAUAUCUACGAGCAAGCCAUCAUGCGAGCAAUCACCUCUUUUCUAUCCUACGCCCUUCGACAAGUUCAGGUAGAAAGAAAAUCCCGACACACGGUGAAAUGGCAACUGAAUCUAGCGGAUAUACUCCUGCUAACGAUGUUCUUUAGCGAUCUUCUUACCAUCAACGACUCAGUGCUCUACCAUAGCCUCAUGCAGGCCCUGGCAUUACUCUAUUCCCUCGCCUUACCAUUGGUCUUUCUGCCCAGUUUGAACGCCACCUCAGCCAGGAAAGCUGAAGAAGAGGAAGAAAAAGAACUUUGUCAGUCGACGCGUUCGGAGCUGAAUGCGCUGCGAGUAAUGCUUUCAAAGCGUUUGGUCGUUUCCGCAGCCACGGAUAGUGAAGGAUGCACACCUUACUCGGCAAAGAUGAUUCUUUGUCAGUGGAUACUCGAUGCGCUAAUGCAGUUCUUUCAUACUUUGUGGAAUGGGUUUCAGCGUCUACAAGAGCAUAAAGAUACGAUCCCGAACGAGAAGUAUGCACACGAUGCGGAUGUGAUGAUUCAUGAACUCACGGAGCUAUGCGAUGGACUGCUAAUCCCGGUGAAGACCUCUUUGGAAAGUCAAAUUCAAUGUCUGAACGCGCCCACCACCAACUCCGGCAGCCGUGCGCCGCCGUUCCGUGAAAAUGGAAUCGGAAGUGGCAAUACGCGUGCGGCUUUACUGGUGACAUCCGCUCUGCAUGCUUUAGAGUAUGUUGUGUGGAAAUCUCGCGGCGGCGAGGACCUCGUGAAGGAUCCGAUGACGGACCUUUCGCCAAACCACCCCUCAACAAGGGGUGGGCAUUCCGCGGAUCCCGUCUUCCAGCACAUCGCGAAUGAGCUAAUUGGAUUAUUGCACAAAUACCUCACACUACGCCAGCACCUUUCGGCCGAGGGUGCAGCUUCGGGGACUAUGAAUAAUACCCUUAAUUCCCUUAGUGAGCGUGAGGGGGGUCGUUAUUUCAGCCGCCAGGGGGAUGUCUUUCGCUCCGCCAGCGUUCAACACGCGAUGCGGCGUGUGUUAAGCGCCGCGGUGGAACCAAUUAAUAUUAAUAAUAUAGACAAUGAACGGCAGCUUCUACAGCCCCAGGAACGCGCCGUGUUGACGGCGGCGCUGAACUCUUUCGGGGGAGCCGUAAAGCCUCAGGCGAUGCGGGAGGAUAACGAACCCAACACUAAUAAAACAGCUGAGGCUUUUUCGGAUGAGUGGGCAAGAGGGAACUUGGGGGGUUCUGAGUCCCCCCUUAGGCGUUGUACGGCGGUGCUCGCGGUCAAAAGCGGCGGAAAGGAUGGACCGCAUUACGACGGCGAUGGCCUGGAGGCGUUGGCGGCGGAGGAAGAAGGAUUAGAUCUGGGCGCGCGGCGGCCGCUGGUUUUGCAGUCCUCGCUAGGCCCCGUGACCGCCUCGGCGCUGGUGGAUAUGGUGAUGCUGAGCCUUUCCGCGCUAAACCUCCUCACCGAGGACGCCAUUUACGCCCUCCACCUGCAAGGAUUACAGAUUAUGCAAUACGAAGCCUCCAAACGAGCCCAGGCCGAGGAGCUGGAGCGGCUCCGACGGCUCGAACAACAAGGCGUGGAUGCCAUUCCGUGGGGGAAGCUCUUGGAGCACGUCCACAACAGCGCCUUUUUGCACGCAAAAGGCUUGAAAACCCUUCGUCAGACCACGGCGCGAGCGAAGCUGCUGCGCGAGGCGUUUAGCUCGAUUUUGAAUUCCUAUCGAUUUAUGAAAAAGGAGUCAGAGACGACGGUGCGCAAUGCCCAGGCGCUUAUCGCGCGAACUCUGGUGCAGAUCCCAGCCGCGAUGUCGGACGCCGCGCUCGACGAGCUCCUCCUCCACCUCCUCCGGGAAUUCCGUCAAGAGCAGAAGAUUAAACAAGAACUAAGCCAUCACCAACAACAUCAAAGCAGUGGAGGAGGAGGGGGGAAUCCCACCGGCACGAGCGGGGUGCAAAGCCUGGUGAGCCAACCCGGCGCGUAUUAUCAACUGACCCUGCAGGUGCUUUUUAUGUCCUUCGCCGCGCAGGCCCCGGUGAGGACCCGCGGGGCCUCCGACGUCGCCACUGCCGCCCUUCUCCUCGAGGACGACGGGCUUUUAAUCCAAGGCGACAGCGGCGCCGCCUCGUCGACCGCGGCGGGGGCGAUUCUUCGUUCGAAGAAAACCCCCACCAUCGAUACGGAGAACCCUAUCGCAUUUUUGUAUGAUGGCGGCCUGGAGACCCCCGGGGCGAUUUUUGGGCAAAAGCGCCCACGUGGGAAUGAAGGGAAUGAGAUGAAUAUCGACGACCAGACGUCGAUGAACGCCUUUGGGAAGGAAGAUGAGGGCGAUGGGUUUUGCUUUUUAAAUGAUACGCGAUCGGUGCCGUACGCGUACAGUCAUAUUCUAUGCCGCGUGAUGGAAUUGGCGGAGUCCUGCCAGCUCAAUGCGAUACUUUUGGAUAUUCUUCUGCAAGCCCCGAGCCUAACGCUCUACGCGUGGAAUUACCUUUAUCGACAAUAUUGUCUUUCUUCGGAUAAGGUGCGCUGUAUUAUUGGAUUUUGGCUGCUCAAAAAUAUCGCAAUCCGGCGGGAGGUCUACCGCAGCUGUGCGCUCAAUCUUCUUCUGCAUUUGUGCUCCUCGACACGGGAAUACGCGCGGCGCCUGGCGAUUCGCGAGAUCGGCAGUCUUUUGACCAGCGCGCAGGGUUUGUCAGGAAAGCCCGUGAUCUCGCAAGAGGUGGAGGCGCUUCUCAUACGGCAUGCUAAACGCCAAAUGGCCUCCAUCCCCGGCUUCCAACACCUCUCCCCCACUCGCGGCGUGGAGAACGACGAUGAGGAAGGCGGUGAGGCCGGAAAAAGCGUCGAGGAGACCCGCGCCCAAGAGGUCUUGGGGCGUUAUUUGGGGCUUUUCUUAAAACUUUGCCUUCGCCAGCCUCGCCAGCUAUUUCCUUCGCUGCUUGAGAUGUACAAGCAGUGUGUGGAGCGAAAUCAAAAGGUAAUGAUGCGGAUGAUUCCCCGCCAUGUGGAUAUCCAUCGCAUGGUGCAAUUACUGCUGAAAUCGGAUCCCGCAAGCUUUAUGAUUACGGUGGUGCCGUAUUUACGGCGUUAUAGCAAGGAAGCCAUCUCCUUCGUUCAAUCAAUUCUCUCAAGUAUUGGAGAAAACCUACGGGAGAUGGCCACGGAGGCCUCGGCGGUGGGCAUGGCAAAUGGUAUGGAAACCUUAGAAAACUACAAAAAGGUCGCUAUCGCACUCCUCGCGCAUUUUAAAGCAAUGUACGUGGCAAGCGUGAUUCCAGUUUCCUCAAAUGAUCCUACCGAUGGCGUGAAGGAGGGGGAAUCGGAAGGCGGCUUACAUGAUAUACGUUUUAUGGCGCCUUUUCUCAGCCUCGUCUUUGCGACUGAACUUAAAGAGACCUAUCUUCGCGCAUUUUUGUAUUUUAUUCAGGUGCAACUUCAGCUCCAGCGGCGUUUUGAGCUCCAUGGCGGCCGGGAUGGGCUUUCCACUAAGGAAUCUAAUUUUUUACUCACUCGGGCGGAGCUUCGGGAAUUUAUUAAGGCGGUAAUUAGAGAAGUUUUAGUAAAGCAUCCGCUGCGGUUUGACGACGGUGCAGCACGUGGGAUGUCGUUGGUGGAUUUUUUUAUAUAUCUUCAUCGCGCUCCCCAGGAAAGCUCAGGUAAACAGGACACCUUCGUUUCUGGAGGAGCUCAGGGCCUCUUUCCGAGAAAUCAAGAAAAUGGAAUAUUAGAUACCUCAGCGCCUCAACAGCAGGAUCUCGCAUUUGACAACAAGGGUGAAAAUGUGAUGCCACCGAUUGGUGUAAUUACGACGCGCGAGGUGCUUGCCGUUUGCUUGGAACUCACCCGAACAUUUGAUUCGUCAACCACAAUUCCAUUAUACGGUCCAGAAGACGUCCUAAAAGCUAUUAAACGCAUGAUGCACGCCCCGCCGGUACCUUCACAACUAAUGUCGACCAUUUUAAUGGCUGAGGCGUCAUUUCCGCGCGUGCGGGGUGUUGAUUUGGUGCGUGCCAUCGUGCAAGAAGUGCUUCUUCCGCUCGAGCGGGCGAGUGCCUGGCAAAGCGAUCCGCAGCUCUGGCGCGGGGUGCUGUUGUUUGCGGAAAAAUACUACCGCGAGUGUGGAAAUUUCCUGAUGAACCUUCCGGAUCAAGUGCUUAUUCAAGCACUGCGCGAUCACCCUGUGCUGAUGGCGCAUGUUCGCGAGGAACACGGUAAUAACGCCUCGUUUGGGCAUAUUCUAGCGAAUGUGUAG